AUGCCGUCCGACGAGGAUUUUAAAAACAUUCGGUGUUAUUUCUCGGCGAAGGAGUGGUCAGAACUAUCUGAUUUCUGCAAAGUUCGCUACAAAAACGUCAAGGAGAACUUUGAAGUGUUGACGCAGCUUGGAUUCAAGUAUCCAACACCAGAAUUCAUGACCCGGAAACCUGCCAAAGAUCCAUUACUGCAAAGUGCAUUUCAAGUGAACGCAGCUGCAGCUAAUGUUGAACGGAAAAAGGUAGAGCAGAAGACAGCUAAAGAUAAGGAAAGACACACUCCCCGACGCACUUGCACUCUCCAAAUAGACGAUGUGGCGUCGUCAGAGUCGAGUUCCAGCACUGGAAGGUACCCCAAGAGAAACCGGAAACAAGUCAGCUACAAAGAAGACGAGGACGAAGAAGAAGUACACGUGGAAGACGAUGACUAUCUGUAUUGUGAAGACUGCGGCGACAUCCACCUGGGUGACUGUCCAAUACAUGGGCCUCUCAAGCACAUCCAAGACAAGCCGGUACCCGUGGGUACUUCCUGCCGAGCGGACCUGACACUUCCGGAGGGCCUUGUCCUGGGCAGGUCUUCCAUCUCGGGGGCACAGCGUGGUGUCUACACCAUGGUGGGGGUUCCCAAGCGCACGUGCUUCGGACCCUAUGAGGGUGUUGUCAUCGAGGAUAUCAACAAGGGUACCGGUUACACGUGGGAAAUCCGCAGCCGUGGCCAGCGCUACCUGGUGGACGCUCGCCCUCUGUCUGUGUCCAACUGGAUGCGUUACAUCAACUGCGCCAAUUCGGAGGCAGAACAGAACCUGGUUGCCUUCCAGUACAAGGGUUCCAUCUACUACAGAACCUACAAGAACAUCCCACCGGGCACGGAGCUGCUAGUCUGGUAUGGAACGCAGUUUGCCAAGGAACUGGGAAUCGUCACUCCUAAGUCACAGGAUGUAGUCAAUGAAGAAGGCAAGGGUAACAAAGAGGAGUGCAAAGAGAGUAGUGUCUUUAAGUGUACCCUCUGCAGCAGUGUGUUCACUUCCGAAGAGUACCUCAAGAAGCACCACAAGGCCAAGCACUUUCGUGUCGCUCGUGUCACAAAGGAUUUUUUUAUCCCAACAAGCUUAGAGGACACAUGCAGAAGAAACAUCCUUCCUGCGAAGAAUGACCUCCUUUACACGCUGUUCAAUAUACAAAGGCCAUACUAA